AUGGAUAAUUCGAUGAAUGAAACAGAGGCACAUCAAUCUUUUCGAUCUCCACCUCGCCGAAGACGGUCAACAUUCUUCGAACGAAGGGACUCUAUAGUCCCACACGCAAUGACUGACAAUGUAAACUCAAAUAAGAAAGAGGCUGACGCACAUGAAAGGCACUCUGAAGAUCUCACAAGAUAUUGUGAGAAACUCCUGGCUGAGAAAGAAAUGUGGAAGAAGGAGGUAAAUGAGAGGAGAAACAAGUACCAUGACCUGAGACAACAAUACCAGAUGGCUGUAAAAGCAUCUAGCAGAUCAAGAAUGUCUUAUUCAGCACUAUCCAAUGAAGAUAUAGAAUUCAUCAAAGGAAAACCAAACAUAUCCAAACUCAUUGACAGUCAACAGAAACUUCACAAAUCUGUGCUAGAGACCCGAGCACUAUAUCAAAGGGCAAACGAACUUGAUAAUGUAAUAUUGACACAGAGUGAAAAUAUUGUCAGUAUGGUCACAGAUUACAUACUAGAAAACAGUACUGUUGGACCAACAGAAUGA